GCCAUUUUGGGGGCCUACCUGACGGUGGGCCUCGUUUGGAAGGAGCGUUUCAGGAACAUCAAAGGUUCAACAUGAAUGAAGAACCAAACUGCAGUAGAGUUGAGGAAGUAGUCGGAAGCUAUGUGGAAGACCCUUUAACAUUUUGGGCCCAGAACUCCACUAAAAAUCAGGAGCUCCUGAAGUUAAGUUGUACACUGGCUGAAGUUUGCCCACAGUCAAACUCAGUUUUUGGGGUUCCCAACUUGAGCAAGAUUUAUGGUGGUCGGUUUUCUGAAGACAAAUGUUGGUACAGAUGCAAAGUGCAAAAAACGAUCAGUGAUGAAAAGUGUCUGGUAACCUACAUCGACUAUGGCAAUAAGGAGAUCCUAAGUCGAUCCCAAAUAGUGGAGCUUCCUAUGAGUCUACAGUUUCCUAAUGUUGCCAAAAGGUACCGACUAUGGGGACUUCAGAUCCCAGCUGACCAAAAUGUGGUACAGUUAGACCAGGGAAGAAAAUUUUUGGGGAAUUUGAUUUUUGAAAAAGGAAUCAGAGUGCACCAUAAAGCGACAUACCAGGAUGGCACUAUUUCUGCUCAGGCACGGUUUGACAACGUGGAUAUUGGGGAAGAGGUGGCUAAAAAAGGAUAUGCCGAAAGGUGUGUGCCCUCUUCCAGCCUGAGCGGUUGUGAAGAGAAGAGAAUGGAUAAUGGUUCCUUCAUGGCCAGAAGCAUCAAAAGUCCAAUCCCUCUUUGGGGACAAAGACCCAACCCAUCGGUGUUCAGCAAAACGAAAGGACGACACAGUGGGCGAAUGACUCUCGACUCCAGGACUGAGCAUCCUUCAGGAAAUCACGCAGCGUUUCCAAAGGAUAAGUUGACUCUUGGUGACUUCAGUCUAGGGUCAAAUGUCAGCCUGGAAAAGAUCAAACAGGACCAGAAACUGAUUGAGGAAAAUGAAAAGCUUAAACUGGAGAAAGAAGUUCUUCUUGGGAAUUACAAGAAACUGGAAUUGGAAGUUGAACAAGCUGCUCUGAAACUGCAGCAAGAGAAAGAAAAAUCCAUGAAAUCCCUGGAACAUUUAGAAAACUCUCUCCAAACAUAUGUUGGAACCAAAAUGAAAACCCUGGCUUCUAAGGUUGAAAUCCUGAAAGAAGUUAGGCAAGCAAAAGUCAGCUUUCAUUUUGGAGAUGAUCUGUUGGAUGCUGUGAAGGUAGUAACUGAAGGAUGCCUUACUAUGCCAUCUUCCUUGAAUGAUCUGGAGAAGAUUUGGGUAGAAUAUAAUUUGGCUCAAGAGAAGAUUCAGUCUUGCCAAAGUGCGGAGGAAGGAAAAGACUUGAUUGCAAGAAGAAAUGAAGUGCGACAGAAACUGUACAAUGCAGUAGAAGUGUUUGUUCUGGAAGUGGAUGAGUUAUCUCUUAGUCAGCGCUUGAAAACUUUGAAGCAAUUGUCUGGCUCCUUAGAGGCAGCCUAUGGGGAAGCGGAGGAAGUGCCAGACUCAAGUGAAAUAUUUCAACAGUUUUAUGAUUGGAAGCAUGGUAAACAAGAGGAAUUUAAUUGUAUCCGAACCGGAACAGAUGCUUCUCUACAAAUCCUCGUGGUGUGGUUCAGUAACAUCAUAAAGGUUUUUGAUCCUGCUGCAGAAAUGUCACUGUGUUCUGAAGAAUUAGUUGGAAAUGUCGAUGAAAUUCUUGAGAAGAUUGAGUUGAAUGUUAGCAAAGAAUUGGAAGUCUCUCUGGUCGAGCAAGAGGAUGCAGACAAGGAAAUAAUCUUAAGUACAUAUAAUCAAGUUCAACAGAAGAUCCAUUCAGAGGAGAAGCUUAUAAAGAUAGUGCUUUCUAAGUACGGGUCCAGUAUUGAGUUUAAGCAGCAGACUGGAGAGUGGCUAAAUGAAAACCCCAAUGUGGACCAUCUGUUAUCUAUUAAGAAGACCCUGAAAAGCUUAAAGGCUCAGCUGAGAUGGAAGUUGGUUGAAAAGAGCAACCUGGAGGAGUCUGAUGAAGUCAGUGAAUCUGAAAUUUCAAAAGUAAAGGAUGAAAUCAUUGGGCUGAGAGAUGACAUCUUUCAGAAAAUUUACAGGGAACAAGAAGAAUAUGAGAAACUGAACAACCUAGUGCAGAAUUUAUUCCCUGAGCUGCCUCUACUGCACCCAGAAGCAGGGAUACUCAAGUACAUGAACUCCAGUGGGCUUCUGACUCUUAGCCUGGAACGAGACCUUCUAGACACUCACCCCAUGAGGAAGCUCAGCAGCAAACGUCCUUUAGUGUGUUCCCAAGUGGAUGGGCAGAAGGUCCUCCUAAAGGCCUAUCCGAUAGAUGUUGAGACAGAGCCAAAGAUAAUAAAAAGAGCAGCCAGGUAUCACAGAGCUUGGAAAGAGGCUAAGGAGGAAUCUGGAUUAUUGCCAUUGAAAUUCCUGUUUUUGUGUAAGUCUGAUCCUUUGGCUUAUCUGAUCAUUCCAUAUUAUCCCGAAGCAAGUCUAAGUGUGAUUCAGUCCAGUGCCCCUUUAACUUCAGAAGAAGUUUUAAAAGUGAUGAGAGGGGUCGCUUGUGGUCUUCAUACUCUGCACAAGGCAAACAUUGUCCAUGGAGCGCUGCAUCAGAACAAUGUAUUUGCUUUGAACCGCGAGCAAGGAGUCGUGGGAGAUUUUGACUUCACCAAAUCAGUGAAUCAACGUGCCUCUAUGAAUUCCAUGGUAGUUGGUGGAAUGAACUUGAUUGCUCCAGAAUUAAAACUGGGACAGCCAGCUUCUCCAUCUUCAGACAUGUAUGCCUAUGGUUGUCUUUUUCUGUGGCUUUGUGCCCAGAAUGAAAAAUUUGAAACCAAUGAGGACGGGGUCCCCGAAGUGGAUGAACUUCACCUGGAUGAUGGUGUCAAGUCCCUGCUAUCCAGCUUGAUUUGCAGUAGAAAUUCAGUGACAGCCGAGCAGGUCCUCAGUGCCGAGUGCUUCUUGCACCUUAAGAUGACGGUGAGUCCAGACUCAAAGAAAGGUUCUCUAUGCGACGAGGAAAAGGAGCCUGAAGAGAAACCUCCUCAACCUUGCGAUGGAAAGGCAAAGAAUGAGAAAGCUGUUCCAAUCAGUAGGGCCUAAUCUUCCCGUGAACCUCAAGUUUCUUUUUCAUUUGUUUAGAAUGUGUUAAGGUUACUAAAAGGAAGUGGAAAGCGGAUCGAGUUCCAGAAAGGAUUGCUAUCCUUAGUUAUUAGUGCUGUAGAGAUAAA